UUUGGCGCCGUUGCCGGGGAUUGUUGAGUGAUUUUGACAAGGCAAUUUAUUUUACUUAGGAUUUUUUUUUAAUUUUUUUUUUCCUUUCUAUUAUUUUCUUUUUAUUCUUGUAUAUAUGAAUUUUCUCUUUAUGUCUACUUUAGUUUUCUUUGCUGCUGAAAAUUUUCUCUAAGUUUUGUAGCAAUGAAAUGGAUUGAUAAUAGAUUGGUUGAUUGCAAAGAAAUAAAUAUCAUUUGUUAUCAACUAUGUUUACUAUCUUAUGCACAAGAGAGAUUGGAUGCACAUAUUUCGAGAUUGAAGGCAAGAAGUGAUUUUUGUGGACCGAAUCAUCACAAUGACUAUUUUGAGGAGUAUUGUUUGAAUGAAAAAGAGCGCGAACUGAUCAACAUUGAUUACAACUUUCAACUCAAAAAGAUUUUGGAGGAAUUUUUGAGGUCAAAUCAAGGUUCAUUUGAUGGAUUUGAAGUUGAAUGUGGUAAUCUUGUUGAAAAGGCAAAUGAGUGUGAGAAGUUGGUUGAGAUGGAGAUGAAACAUCAUGCUAUUGGAGAAGAAAAAAAAUUGAAAAACAAGAAGAAUGACAUGAGAAGAGUAAAUCAUGUUGAUCUCUAUGUAACGUUUGAGUCUCAACCAAUGGAGUCUAAAGAGAAAAAUCUCUUGCAAAAGAAAUCUCAUUCUUCUCCAAGGUGGGAGAGUGCUUGUUCCAAAAGCUUAGUUGUUGGAAGAUGGGAACAUUUGCUUCUCUAUGCUAAGUUCAUGGAAUUCUUAACCAACAAGAGGAAGAAGAAGGAUGACGUGUUCUUGCUAUCAUUUAUGCCACCCUAACAGUGGUUAAGGCGUCAAGCUAAUGACGUUAAAGAAGCGCUUCUUGGGAGGCAACCCAUGAUAGUGUGUCAUAUGAUGAGCAAAGAGGGAGUUAACUAUUGUAAUAUGAUGGGCUUGUCUAAAAAGAAAAGAAACGUGGACUUUAUGCUUGUGUGGCCCAACAUGAAACAAGGAGGUUUCGUUGAUUAUUAUAAGUAAGAGGAGCUGGAGACAGAAGGAGAGUUACGCAGAGAGAGAGAAAGGCCGGGGAUAAUCACGUACAACAAGAAGAAAAAGGGAAUCACGCACACCCUAGAGCAAACGGAACAUCACGCACACCCUGGAGAACGAAAGGAGCUGGCCGUAUCAACAAGCAGCAACAUAGUUUAUGGUCUUGUUCUUCUCCUUAUUAUGUUGCUUAUUAAUUUAAUUAUGAGAAGCUGAAUUCUAUUGAUUGGUUCUUAGAGGAUUUUGAUUAUUAUUUCUCUUGAACAAUGUGAUUAUCAUUUGAUAUGAUAAAUGAAUUACGAAGUUAGUUUCUUCAAUUAUUCCUUGUGCUUAAUGCUUUACAUGACUUGAUCAAU